CUACUACUUUUACCAUUAUUUAUAUUCUGCUGAAAAUAAACCUAAUCACCUCUAUCUGCCAGGGACUUACACUGUGCUCUAAACCAAAUGCCUAAUGGCAAGGCACCAGGCCUGGAUGGAUUCCCUGCUGAAUUUCUGAAACAUUUCUGGUCCGUGUUAUCUCCACUAUUCUUCAUAACUGGCACAGAAAUAAAAAAACAAAAACAAAAAAAAAAACAGUCUAAUCCCUCCCCAUAUAAAAACAGCAGCAAUAAAAUAGUUACUAAAAACAGAAAACGACGCUACUUUUCAUCUAACUACCAGCCUUUGUCACUAAUUAAUACCAACAUUAAAGUUAUUCCUAAAGCACUUUCAUCUAGAUUAGAAACAGUUCUGCCCUCAAUAAAUCAUAAUGACCACACAGGAUUCAUCAAAGGCUCACAUUCUGCCAAUAAUAUUAGCAACCAAUAGCUCAACCCAAUUAGCCUGGCUCAACAUCACAAAACAGAAGAAAUGGUCAUGUUGCUACAUUCUCGAAUUUUGGCUUGAAAUCACUCAAAGAAAUUCCUCUAGCUUGGGUUGCAUAAUCCAAUUAUGUCCUCAUGUGUGCUUACUCAGUGACAUAACCUCAACUGUGAUUGGGCCAACUCUGUUUACAAAUUUACAAGUAUGGGGCCCAGCUGUCCCAGGUCAUCGGUUGCUUUCUGAGCCUCUGGAGUCUCCUUGGGUGGAUCCUCUGGGCUGUGCCACAUUUGUAAUGGAGGGCUCCUGGGCUUUAUCUAUUCUGCUGAUGUGACUCACUUUAUGAAGGACCACGGGGUCGAUGCCACUUCACAGACUGCAAACAUCAGACCAGCAGACAUGAUAACAAUCCCAGAUCUGAUCAGGAAGAAGAGGGAUGGAGGACAGUUAAGUGAUGACGAGAUCAAAGCCUUCAUCCAGGCCGUUAAAGAGAAAACCAUUCAGGACUCUCAGACAGGGGCCAUGCUGAUGGCUAUUUGGCUGAAUGGGAUGGUCUCCGCCGAGAUUAAGGCCCUGACCCGAGAGAUGAUGUCAUCGGGAGAAGUGAUGGAAUGGCCCGAUGAGUGGAAAAAUUUCAUGGUGGACAAACACUCGACUGGCGGGGUGGGAGAUAAAGUCAGUCUGGUGUUAGCGCCAGCGCUAGCUGCCUGCGGCUGUAAGGUUCCUAUGUUCAGUGGGCGGGGCUUGGCUCAUACAGGAGGAACUCUUGAUAAACUGGAAUCAAUUCCAGGAUUCAAGGUGGAGCAAUCAAGAGAGCAGAUCCUGAAGAUCCUGGACUCAGUGGGCUGUUGCAUUGUGGGUCAGACAGAGACUUUGGUUCCUGCAGAUCGAGUCCUGUACGCUCUGCGGGACAUCACCAGCACCGUGGACAGUUUACCUCUGGUUACUGGUUCGAUCAUCUCAAAGAAAGGAGCCGAGUCUCUGUCUGCUCUGGUGCUGGAUGUCAAGUUUGGACGAGCUGCUAUCUGCAAAGACUUUGAAAGUGCUACAGAACUAGCUCAGAUGCUAGUGGAAGCAGGAAACGGCCUGGGCAUACGUACAGCAGCUGUGCUCAGCGGCAUGAACAGUACGAUCGGUCGAUGUGUGGGAAACAGCGUGGAGGUGAUCGAAUCUCUGGAGACGCUGAAGGGAAACGGACCCGAUGACCUGAUGGAGCUGGUCACGACUCAGGGUGAUGACGUCGCUCAGCAGCUCUCGUCUGUCAGGGUUUGAUCACCAAAGUAACAACGUGUCUUAUCCGAGGCAUUAAAAAGGUCCUGAACCACAAAGGAACACCACUUUAUUAGGAACACCUGUGGCCAUUUUAUUAGAGACACAUACCCUGUGGUCAAUUUAUUAGGACCACCUGUGGCUCUCUAAAUGCAGGAAGCAUCUGAACCUUUUCAAAGUGGCAACUGUUUUUAUUAGCACACCCAUGGCCACUUUAUUAAGUACAGCUGCGGUCUAAUAACGUUGCAGCAUCUCUUUUGUGCCACCUGCCUGUUUACCUCUUCUAGCAGCAAGCCAGAUAAUUUGCAGUGUCGAGUUAACAUUAAAGAUUAUGGAUAAAUAAAAUGUAUCUUAUCUUCAUUCUUCUCCUAGCUCUAUAUAGUUUUAAAUAUUGCACUCCAUACAGAUGCCCUCUGAUUAAGAAAAAGAAAAUUAUUAUUUUACACAGUAUGCAGCCCCUCAGUUUACCUCCCGUCUCUUUAAGGUCCUCCUCCCUAAAAGCCUACUUUGUUCUGACUGAUCAGUUUCUGGCAGUCUACCGAGGAGCAGCACCCAAUGCUUGUGAGCUGUACUGCUUGUAUUUUUUGGACUUUGUACCCACAGGAACUACUGCCACAUAAUUCUUUAUCUUUUUUUAAAACUCUGAACUUGUUUAAUAUUGCAGAUCCGCAUUAACUUGCUAAUGGGGAUUUGCCGCGUUAAUGAGGUUAUGGUGU